AUGCUUACAGGGAGGAAUUUCUCCAGCAGUGGGAAUCACUACAACAGUAUACGCGAAAUAUUCCAGAUAAAUCCAGACGAUCAGGCGCAGCAUUUCCGUGAACUUGUUGCGUUUAUAUCUCAGGUCGCACAAUGCUACCCGCAAGAGACAGUAGAAUUUCCGUCCCAACUAUCAACCUUACUGCUUGAGAGCCAUGGGUCACUCACACCCGACACGCGCAAGGCUCUAGUCCAGAACUUGGUUAUGUUGCGCAACAAGGAUGUGAUCACCUCCAUUCAACUCCUCAAGUCUCUUUUCCCCCUCCUCCCUCGGACGACAUCGCCAAGUUUGCGCCAAGUCAUACGCAAGACUAUCCUAUCAGAUAUCCGAACAGCCAAUCUCCGUACUAAAAACCACAAGCUCAACCGCGCUGUACAAGCCAUGCUGUUUGGAAUGGUGGAGCGAGGCAUGGAUGCAGAAGUGCUUGGCGACAAGGGUAAGCUCCGUGCAGCAGCAGGCCCGUCAGGCGAGCGCACCACCAACGGAGACGAUGCAAUGUGGGCUGUCAUCAUGACCAAAGAGUUGUGGAAGAAAGGUAUAUGGACAGACUCCAAGUCCGUGGCAAUUGUUGCUCUUGGUUGUUUCCAUCCCGCGAUGAAAGUACAGACAGCCUCUAUUCAUUUCUUCCUUGGAAGCGAUGACGACCAGGAGGAUAGCGACGACGAGGGGGAGGCCGAUGUCGACAUCAAAUCCCUUCACCAUCGUCGCGAGAUUAACAAAAAGACGCGCAGUGGCGACAAAAAGCUUCGGAAACAGCUGAAGAGUGCCAAAAAGAGAAAGUCAAAAGAUGAUAUCGUUACACCCAAUUUUCCUGCUUUACAGCUUCUGAACGACCCGCAAACAUUUGGCGAAAAACUGUUUGACAAUCUCAGUCGCUACGACAAGCGCUUUUCCCUCGACCAUAAGAUCCUGAUGAUGCAGUUGCUAUCGAGAGUGAUAGGAGCACAUAAACUAUGUGUUCUCGGAUUAUACAGUUACAUCGUGAAAUACCUGACGUACCACCAACUCCGAAUACCAGCUAUCCUGGUAGCUCUCGCUCAGGCCGUGCAUGAUCUGACACCGCCAGAUGCUUUGACACCGAUUGUGCGUAAGCUUGCGCAGGAAUUUGUGCACCCCGGAGUCGGCAGCGAGAUCAUCGCCGCUGGGAUCAACGCCAUACGUGAGGUGUGCCGACGGCAGCCCUGGGCGAUGGAAGAAGACCUACUUGGAGAUCUCGUGGAGUACAGGAAGAGCAGGGACAAAGCCGUGACAGCAGCUGCGCGAGGAAUCUUGCAAUUAUAUCGAGAAGUAAACCCUAGCAUGCUUAAGCGCCGUGAAAGAGGGAAGGAGGCUAGCAUGGGGCUUAGCGAAGGUCGUCAGCCGUUGCCCUAUGGUCACUCAGAAGUUGCAGCCGUGGACAUCGCGGGGCUUGCACUUCUGGAAGAUCAUUUGAAAAAGUUACGUGAGGAGGAUACAGGACAGGCAGACGCUUCUGAAGGAGAGGACGAUGAAGCUGCUUGGGAGGGUUGGGAUAUAGAGACAGACUCAGAAUCUGAUUCCGAAUCUGAGGACUGGAUCAACGUCGAAUCCGAUAGGGAUGACCUGGAGUUGUCGGAUAGCGAAGACGAGACCCCUGCUAAGAAGUCUGAGCCAACGGAAGGAGAAUGCCAACAAAAUCAGACUAGAAUUCUAACACCUGCGGACUUCGCAUUGCUCAAUGAUUUGCGCAUACAAGCAGCUGCGAAGGCUGUUGAUGCCGGCGGAGGCUCUCGGGCGAAGCGGAAGCUGGUUGCUCUUGAAGCGAACAAAAAAGCGGCCGAAACAGACUCCUCCACUAAUGCCUUUAUAACUGAAAGUGAUAUCCUGGGACCGCGGAAAAAAGCCAAGGCAGACUAUGCAGAACGGUUAGCAUCGAUAGAGAAGGGCCGUGAAGGACGAGAGAAAUACGCCUCAUUUAAAGGCAAGAAGAAGAAAGCUACUCCGAGCAGUUCCACGAACAGGGAGAAAGCCCGUAACAAACCAGUCAUGAUGAUUUUAAGCAGUAAGGCUGUACGGGGCAAGAAAAAGGCAUCUCUGCGGGACAAGCAGCAAAAGUUGAGGGCACACAUCGAACGAGCGAAGAAGGCAUAUCAUUAA